AUGUCUGAGUUAGAGAACGAAGAAAAUAUAGUACAAUCACUUAUUAAUCAAAUGGAUGUUGAUGAUAUUAUAGCAAUUAACAGUUCAGUAAUCUCGGGAUUGAGAGAUUUACAACAUCAAAUUAGAAGAAAACAAAAUGCUUCACUAAAGCAACUUACUUUAGAAGAAAGUCUUUAUAAUAGAAAUAAUCCUUAA